AUGUACAUCACCCUCUACUACAUAGUCACCCGGCUCCCUGACACCCUUCGCUCAGGGUGCUCCCCCUCCCCCCUCUUGCCCUCUGUUGCUUCUACUGCUGCGGCCGACCUUGUUGGUCUUGAGUCGGUCGGCGCGGCGUCUGCCCCUAGCGGGAGACGCCGCCCAGGCAAGGGCAAGGGGGGCAAGGGCGCUGGAGGAUCUGGCGGGGGCGGUGGAGGCAGCGGAGGGGGUGGGGGUGGCGGUGGGAGUGGUGGCGGGGGUGGGGGCGCUAGUGGCGGCAGUGGAGGCGGAGGAGGCGGUGGUGGUGGCGGUGCGGGCGGAGGUGGCGGAGGUGAGGGCGGUGGUGGAGGUAGCAGCGGCGGAGGUGGAGCUGGUCGGGGCGGCUCUACAUAG